UAUAAUUUCCAACUAGGGAAUUAUUACUAACAAAAUUACUAAAUAAAUUAUAAAACAGGGCAUUAAUAUUCUUUUAAAUUCAUCAAUUUAACUGAUUCACAAAAAUAAUAAACAAUUUUGUGCUUCUCCACUUAUCUCAAAGUAAGUUAUGUCACAGUGACUACUUAUUUGCAAUUGAAGACAUUUCUGAAAAAGGGGUCCAUUAGCUGAGAAAAGCGGAUUGAGUAAACUACGUCAGAAGUUUAAUUUCAAUCUUCCCAAUAUAUUUGUCUGUCUGAUUUGUUAAUUAUGUAACUCUUUGAAACGAAAUUUUAGAAGAACAUUUUCGGACGUACGACAGUUACAUGAAAACGAUUUAUCGAAAAAUGGUCCGUACAUCUGCAGACCCUUUUUCCGGAAACGUCUUAAAUCGUUUUCCGCGGGAAGGAGGGGGUAUAUUUUAGCACAACGUUGGUGGCAAGAGCCACGCACAACGUGGCGGGCGACGUGCGUCUGUCGGUGGUCAGGCGAGGUAUAGAAGAAUAUCGAAUGCGUUCCGUAGGAUGCAGGGGGUGGCGAGUUAGCGGAGAGGAACCGGUGAGCUGCCGCCGCAGCUCCGACGAGAACGAGGGAGACCGACCGAGAAACGACGGUGGGGCGCGUAGGCUCGAACGAAAGCAGUCUGAGGCGAGAGAAGCACCGGUACAGAACCCGAGAGACGGAGCGCGCGCGUGAGCGUCGUCGGGUAGAGAAUCGGCCGAGCCGAGCCUGUUGGACGAACAGAGAGAGAGAUAGAGCGAGCGAGCCGAAAGAGAGGAAGGGAGGCGGGCGGCGCGUGACCCGCUACGAGAAAGAGAGAGAAAAUCCGGUUGCCUGGCGACGAGCCAUCUAGUUCGAUCCCAGCCAGCAACCGACCAGCCACCCUCUCUGGCCGCAGGAGCAACGAGAGAACCGAACUACCUACCUCGGUUACUUCCCUUUCCUCUUCGUUCUCAAGGAACACCCGGUCCCUAUUCGUCGUCAUCGCACCCUCCGCUCGUUUCUUCGACUCUUCUUAGCCCGACCCGUUUCCUUUCUCACUGAAAACGGGAACGACACUUCAGUGUGUUCCUCGAGCACAUCGCGUAACAAACGACACAUACGCAGAAAUUUCGGUUCGCUUGGGAGGAUAAAGUGCGCGGGUUUCAAGGCCGAGAAACGAACGAAAGAAACGGUUGGUCGGGUCGGUGGGGUCGAGUGCGUCGUACGCUCUGUGUGCUGUUCCGUGCUUGCCUAACCGAACUGUACCUGUCUGCCUGUUGGACGCGAAUUUCCACACGUAAUACAACGCGAACAUUCCGUUUUGUAUUUCGAGGAUGGGAACAAGUGAUUGGCCGGCCGUCGGCCCCAGGCUCUCGGGCUGAAAACGAAACGACAGCUGUGUGUGUCCGAACUGAGGGAGAGCCGAAGGACCGAUCGAGAAUAAAAAGAAAGAGCAGAGAAAGAGAGAGAAAGAGGAAACUGUGCACGGUGCGAAAGCGGGGGUGUUUUAGCGUAAGGACACAUGUGCACAGAAAACUCGAGGGAGACGGUUACCGUGGAAAUGACGGAUAUCGAGGAGAAAGCGGACCGAUAAUCGAAUCGAAGAGACACGGCGUUUAAGCCGCCCUUGAAAACGAAUAUGAUACCCGAUCAUCUUCCAAACUCUUCGCAAAACGCUGCCCCGUGGUAGCGCCAGUGCCCGGUGUCCUUUGACGGAUAGCAAACCAUCGACAAAGACAACUGAGGUACACGUUGAAAUCAUCACGCAACUCGGGGACACACAACAGACCGAGGCAAAGUAUAAUUGGAACAGAAAUUAGAUCGAUGUCAAUCACGAGACCGAUCGAUUUUCUUGGAAAGGAACCACGGUCCCUCCCGAUGCUGCAUUUCCCGGGGCUAACCCGUUGAAAGAACCCCGGAAACAUUUGCCAAGAAAUUCGUAAUUUACGUUGUCGGGAGCUCGUUCCAGAUUCGCCGUGCAUCGGAAAAUCUUGCCGGUGCAACGUCGUGGAAGUGGAUCGAGUCGCGGAAUCGAUCCUCAGUUUAAUCUGCGUGUGCCCUCUAGGGAUAUUUCUCCUAAAGAAGACGCGUAGGGGAGAAGGCGGCCGGGUACUUAGUGAAGAGGUCCAAUCGAAUUCGCGUGUUUUGUUAUUUUUUCUUCGUUCGCGUCACUUCGAAGCCUCUCCUGGUUAGGAAGAUUGCCGGAUCGAGAUCCACGCCUAGAUCGGCAACAUGUUCCAGUGCAUUAUACAACAGAGAAACGGAUGGAUUCAUCCUUAUAAUCCUGACACGAAGGACGUCUUUCCAGUGCUGAAACACGUAACUAGUUCUUCACAUGCGAAUCUUCUGAAGUGAUCGAGCCAGACGGGGACAAUCCUACGCUAUCAAAGAUAGCGGGAAAACGACACAGAGGUUUCGUUGAAAUGGGAUUAACGCGCGUCUGUUGAUAAAGACACGCGGGACACGUGAAUGAAACAAUAAUAAACGAAAAAAAAAGAAAAAGAAAUACGGAGAAUUGUGGUGACCGCGGCUAUUCAACGCGCAACGAGAGAAAAAGUUGUGUGUUUCGCGGGUGACGGAAAACGCGCGACGGAAACGGAGAGUGAAAGAGAGAAAGAGAGAUAGAUAUCGGUGCACGAGGAUUACCGACGUCGACGGAGAUAGAGAGAGGGAGAGAGAGAGAGAAAAAAAGAAAGAGAAAGAGAAAGAGAAAAUAUCGACGGAACUUGACGGAUAACGCAGAAAAAUGUUCAAGCUCGCCGGACGCCAAGAAUGGGAAGCUUUGACAAAAGACAUACGGCUGCAGCUGAACGAACAGCUGAGAUGUCUCGACGUCAGGAUGGAGGCACAAGUCGCCCUCGUCGCGGAGCUUCAAGAUUUUUUUCGAAAGAGAGCCGAGCUCGAGCUCGAUUACAGCAAGUCUCUCGACAAGAUGGCCAGAAGUAUACAGCUGAGGCAUAAAGAGCAAAAGCAGAAGCGAGAACACUGGCCGUUAUUCUCCAGCUACGCUUGCUGGCAACAACUUAUCAAGGAGACGAAGUCAUUGAGCCAAGACCACGCGGCUCUUUCGGAAGUGUACAGCACGCAUCUCGUUGGCCGUUUAAACCAGGUGAUGGAAGACGUCCAGCGGAUAUACAAGCGUUGCCGUGAAAUAGGUUAUGAGACCCACGAGGAAAUACUCCGAGUGCUGCACGAGCUCCACACCACGAUGAAAACGUACCAGGCUUACCAAGCGGAGUCGAGGCAAGCGGAAACGAAGCUCCGGGUUGCGGAGCAACAGCGCACCAAGCUAGAGGUGGCGAACGCUCCGCCCGAAAAGCUCGCGCGUAGCAAAAAAUACAAGCUCAUCGAGAAGGAAGUGAACAAGAGAAAGAACAAGUACCAAGAGGCGAAGCUGAAAGCGUUGAAAGCGAGAAACGACUACAUUUUGUGUCUAGAGGCCUCAAAUACGACGAUACACAAGUACUUCGUGGACGAUCUGUCGGAUCUCAUCGACUGCAUGGAUUUCGGUUUUCACAAUUGUAUCGCUCGUGCAUUGCUGAUGCACUGUAGCGCGGAAGAGGGCAGACAACGCUCGUUGCAGUCCGGCGCCGAACAGCUGGCUGCCUGCGUUGGUGCUCUAGACUCCAGAGCGGACAAACAGAGAUUCCUGGAAUCUCAUCAUUCAGCUUUCAUGAUCCCGAAGAAGUUCGAGUUCCAAGGGCAACGAGGAGAUGAAACGCCAGAGCCUGAAUUGCAAAAAUUGUUGCACGCUGAGAUGGAGCAACGAUUGACACAGUUGCAGCAGAGGGUAACGUCUUUGCGAACGGAGUCCGAGGAAGUUUGGAAAACUUUAGAAACAGCAGAAGCUAGUCUCUUGGAAAUGUUAACAGCGAAAGACUACGACUGCUCAAGGUAUUUCGGAGAGAACGCAGUACCUACGUCGAGGCCUCCAGAAACCUUGCAAAUAAAGCUUAGAGCCGACAGGCAAGAAACUGAAGAAUUCUACCUCACGAAAUUCAGGGAAUACCUGCUUGGCACCUCCAGAAUAGCUAGACUAGAUGCGAAACAAGAAUACAUUAGACAGAGUUUGUUAGACGGCUCAACGGCAAGUCCGAAUCCGUCGCUGUCGACCACGAAGCAGAAGCAAGCCCGCCGAAAGCGUAUCGGCCGGUUGCAAAUGAACGGACAGCCAAAGUUGUUCGGCGGUUCGUUGGAAGAGUACUUGGAGAGCACGAAUCAGGAGAUACCAUUGAUCAUGAAGAGUUGCAUCAGAGUAAUCAAUCUGUACGGCCUUCAUCAUCAAGGUAUCUUCCGGGUCUCCGGGUCUCAAGUGGAAAUUAACAAUUUCCGCGAAUGGUUCGAGAGAGGAGAGGACCCGCUGGCGGAUGUAACCGACGCGUCGGACAUAAACAGCGUGGCCGGCGUGUUGAAGCUCUAUCUACGAGAGCUUAGGGAGCCACUGUUCCCUAUCAUUUACUUCGAGCACCUCAUGGAAUUGGCGCAGCUAGAAUCGAAACAAGAAUUCGUCAACAAAAUGAAGGAAUUGAUUUCGAGUCUUCCAAGACCGGUUGUCAUUGUAAUGCGAUAUCUAUUCGCCUUUCUAAAUCACCUUUCCGAAUUCUCGGAUGAGAAUAUGAUGGAUCCUUACAAUCUGGCGAUCUGUUUUGGACCUACGUUAGUGCCCGUGCCGGAGGACAAGGACCAAGUACAGUAUCAGAACCAAGUGAACGAACUUAUCAAAAACAUUAUCACAUUCUGCGAAGAGAUAUUUCCGGAGGACAUUGGAGGUACUCAGUACGAAAAGUACAUCAGUAGAGAACCGGACGACGCAGAUGUAGGCGACUCACCGACGGAUCAGGUCCAGGAAGACAUGGAUUCGGAGGUGUACCCGUCCGAGGAUGAAUCGGAAAACCUUGAAGCCACAGCGCAAUUCGAUUUCAAUGCAAGGUCCGAAAGAGAGUUAAGCUUCAAAAAGGGGGAUACCUUGACUCUAUACACGCAAGUCAGUAAUGACUGGUGGCGAGGUGCCUUGGCUGGUAGAGAGGGCCUUAUUCCCGAUAAAUAUAUUAUGAUCAAGAUAAAGGACGAGGAACGUGAAAAGGAACUCUUGAAAUCGUCCAGCGAGGAGUCGAUGAGAAGACGAACCUCGAGCUCGGCCGACAGCGUUCUAUCGAGCAACAACUCGCCGCUGAUGGGCCCAUCUGGUAAUCCUUCGACCUGGUCCUCUGGCAUCGCGUCCGACACUGCAUCGACUAACCUGACACCCACACCGACGGCUGCGGGCGCGAUCGCAACUGACAAUACCGGGAAUAGCAGCAGCGUUGUCCCGACCCUCGUCACAAACGCACCCUGCAUCUCGUCGACGCAGCCGAUCAUCAGUCGAGAGGAGUGCGCGUCACGAGCGGCGAAGGUGUCCACGCCCGAGAGGGAAAAGCACGCGUUCUCGGAGCACCGCGCAGAUACCGCACCCUCGGUCAUCCUCUCUUCCUCGACCGAGGGCGAGAAAUUGUCGGGUUUCACCGAGUCGUCGAUCCAGCAACUGCAACACCAACGCGACGAAGAGAUCGCCGAGGAAUCGGAUCGUAUCUGCUUAACAGACCAGGAGUGUGGCUCGAAGCGUGGAACGAGCAGGAAGCAGCAUUGGAAGUCGCAAAGCAUGGCAGAGACGGUUCAGCAGCAGACGGUUGCCAAUUCCCUUCAACCUGGACACAUGUUCUCCCAGGAAGAGGAGGCGCAGGAACAGCCGACGUUCUCGGCGAAUCGGGAACUCUGGCAGAGAAGAGCCACCUCGCAAACCCAGUUGAACCCACCCGUGCCGCCCAACAAUAAGAUCUACCGCACUUCUCAAGAGUUUCGGGAGAUGCGGCAGAAGCAUACGCCCGAUCUAGUAAUGGACUUGCCAUUGUCGGCGCAAGACGCGAGCAAGAAGUCCGCUUCGUCGAGUAGCUUGAGCAGUUCGGACGAGGAGACCCCUAUUCAGCCCUCUCGCGCUGAAGCGGCCACCUCGCCAACAGGAGGACCGGAGUCACCGGACAUGAGUACAGCUGCUGAAAGGUUCGCCAAACAGAACCAGUGUACUUUGAAAAAGAAUACGAAAACGAAUCCGUCGGAGAGCCAGUCGAAGCUGAAGCGAACUGUGGACACCGAUAACGAGCCUGAACAGGAGUCCGAGGAGAUGGUGAGGUCGGCCAGUUCGAACCAGAUCUCCUCAGAGUCCUCGAUGCCGUUGAGGUCGCCGUUGCCGCCACGGUCCACACCGAAGAUCGUCGCGAAGUUUGCGGACAUGCACCUGACCGGUGGCAGUCAAGUGUCUUCGUUCAAGCCACAGGUGAAGGUGAAGCCGACGAUACUCAGGAAACCGGUGCUGCCGUUCCCGCAUCCGCACAUGAGCCCCGAGCUCGCGAGGAAGAUCGAGAAGCAAGCGCAGAGCGCCGAGCAGCAAACCAAUUAAUCGAGGGUCAACUUAGACGAGAACCCUCUUUCCCAGACGCUCGAGAGCGCGAUAUAUCCAUGCGAGUCCCGUGUCACAUCGAGCAAGCUUUCCGGCACCACCGAUUUCAUCAGUCCCGACUAUACUCCCCAUUCGACCAGUUACUCCGCCCAAUCGUGAGGACUCGACGAUGUGCGUUAGUUACUCUAUCCGAGAUAAAGAAGUCAAGCCGGCCAGCAUCGUUCCUCGAUAUAUAGACACAUAUAAUACUUAGACGUAUACGUAUAUUACAUAUGCAUACACGUAUACAGCUGGCGAACAAGGUGUAACGAGCACGUGAAAAUUGUCAUCCUCGACAAACCUGGUACGCCUGUUGAAUUACGAUAAACCCUGAACAGGGCCUCUCAGACCCGUAUUUUUGGUAGGGAAAAUAGAAUGCAGAAUGAACAGUAGAAAUCUUUUGAACGUUGAAUAUAAAUGAUAUUGAAACGGACCUGGAUUGUUAGUCCAGCUCUCCAUUAGCAGGUAAUAUGCGUAGAAGAAGACAGUCGUCGCGAUGCUCAAACCCGAAACCAUGGACGAAUUAAAAUCUUGUAGAGGAAAUGUUAUAUUUUAUUAAGAAGAAAACACUUUUGGCAGUUUGUGCCUACACAUUAGUAUAGCUUACUAGACCAAAAGUGAGUUUCCACUGAUUUUUAUAUUGAAACUGAUCGAAACGAAACUUAAUUUAGGAUACCUUUUAUUGACCCUGACUGGAAUCCGAGUCGCGACUAACCAAAAAUGUUUUCUGGAUUCGAUUCAUCUUGUCUGCCGAGCUGUACAUGUACAUAUUCAUAUAUAGAAAAGUGUACCGAAUAUCCGUUCGAGAAGCCAAGUGUGUGCGGCGUGUACGAAGACCGAUGCUGUCCUCGGGCCGAGUUUAUUUUUUCUACAACUAUUUUCCAUUUUCGCAUAAUUUUUUUACCAAAUGACCCGCGAAACAAUGUUUCUAGUCAUCGAGCGACGACGCGCGUGAGAAACGACGAGAGAAACGUGUUAUAAGCGAAGAAAAAUAUACAUCGAAGAAAAACUACAGUUUCGAGUUUUACAUACCAAUAGUUGCUUGAGCGAACGAGCGAAAAAAUGAGAAGCAAAUCAGUGAGAGUGAGAGGGAGAGCGAACGA